AUGGCUACAGAAAGCUACCACUUUCCAGAAUUUGACCUGCUCCCUGAAGUUGACGGUCAACCCCAAGGGUGUUUGUGGGGCUUUUUUGAUCAAGGCUUGCGGAGAGAUGAGCUUGGAACUUUGAAUCUUUUGACCGCAUCUGCUGUCGUGAAAGCUCGGGAUGAGAUCCGGUGUGGCACUCAUGUACAGUUGGACUGGAACCUGGAAGGCCUUCGGUUUCCUGGUUGUGGCCGCAUUGGCCUAACACAUCGGGUCGUUGAUCUCCGAAGUGAAGGCCUCGUUGCACUUGAUGACGAGAUUCAUUUCAAUACACAGAAUAGCUCCCAAUGGGACAGUCUUAAACAUUGGGCCGUUCAGAGUAAAGGUAUCUUUUACAACAAUUUGUCCUUCCAGGAGGCGCAAGAUACUCCCCGCAAUGGCUUUCACAGUAUUUCAACUGACCAACUUACUCCCUUGGAGAUACCUGUCGCUUAUAUAUAUACAGAUGUAUGCCAAAAGGGAGGCAUUGUUGGGCGCGGUGUUCUCGCAGAUUGGGUGCGCUGGUGGGAGCUAACCCGACCCGAGAUACCAUUGCCUCAAGUCAAUUCGCCUCAUGCUAUUCCCAUUUCUGAAAUCGAGGAGGUUUUGAAUUAUCAGAACACAACUCCCCGCCAAGGCGACAUAUUGUUUCUCAGAACAGGGUACAUCCGUUGGUACAAUCAAGCAGACGAGACCAGCGUUAUGCAAGAGGCUGGCGGCAACAUUGGCCUUGAAAGUAACAUGGACAGUGUUCGCUGGCUUUACUCAAAGCACUUUGCCGCCGUAGCUGCAGACAACCUCGCAUUUGAAGCUGAACCAGCACCUGGGGGGAAUAUGCUUCACGAUUGGCUUCUAGGCUACUGGGGUACCCCGAUCGGUGAGCUUUUUGACCUGGAAGGCCUGAGCCAGGAAUGUGAGCGACAGAAGCGGUGGUCAUUUUUCCUCACCAGCGCUCCUCUCAACGUCACAGGGGGUGUUGCCUCGCCACCAAAUGCUAUCGCGAUAUUUUAG